AUGGGUAAAGCUAAUUUAAUUGAACGGGUAGACUCGAUAUGCCGCCUGUGUCUGGAAGAAGAUGGCAUAGUUCCCAUAUUCGAUCAUGAAAACAUCGAUAUUCCAAGCGUGGUAAAGUUUGUAACUCAGUUAGAGAUCUCCAAUUAUGAUGCUUUCACUAAGGUGGUUUGCGUAAGCUGCUGCAAAUUCUUAGAAAGUGUUGUUGAGUUCAAGGAAAGAUGCAUCCAGUCGUACCAAACUUUACUAGAACUACAGCAAGAAAGCGCACAUGUAGAUUCGAAGGAAUUUGCUACAUUACACUCCAACCAAGAUUUUCCUCUUGAAUUUAUCGAAUGUGUUCCGCCGCAAACGAAAACGAUACAUGAGACUGCUGAAGAUGCCGACGAUGGCGAACAGUUGGAUACUAGAAGCUAUUCGGAGACGGACACCUACGCAAGCAAAGAUCGUUUAGAAACCGAAGACGAUGAAAAGAGUAAAAUAUCUAAACGUGGGUCUUUACGCAAACGCUCGAUAGAACCAGAGCCGGGGCAAGAAUCGUCAACCAGCACUAAUCCGUGUCCAUUGUGUGGUGAACACAUUGCUGGCGGGAAGAUAAUGGUUAAACAUCAUAUCAAAAGUGAUCAUGGGGAUGAUGGUACGCUACCCAAAAUACGACAGUGUUUCUUCUGCCCGAAGGCGUACUCAUCGUUUCAGCUGUUGAAAUUUCAUCUCAAUUUUCACCCACAAAAAGUAUGGCAAUGUCCACAAUGUGAUAAAUGCUUUCGAAACAAAGGCAUCUUCAUCGAUCACCUUCGGAGACACGCAAACGAGCGUCACUUUGAGUGUAAGAUUUGUGGAAAACGCUUCACGACGAAUAACUAUCUUUCCACUCAUCGGCAGUUGCAUAAAAUGCAGGAUGUACGAAAUUCCAAGGUUAAUCGGUCCACAUAUAGCGGGCGGAAACAAGGCCGAAAAGAAGCCGUACAUGACGAUCAAACUUUCCUUUGUAGCAUUUGUCCGGACAGGUUCAAUCUGCAGAUGCAGUUAAACAUGCACCUACAAUGUGAUCACGUUCCUCAGGAUAACUCUGAACACCGGUAUUAUAAGUGCACCGUUUGCAGUAAACCCUACGUCAACAUGCAACUGUUAAACAUUCAUAGACAACUGCACGAACUUGAUGAAAGCUGUACGAAAACGGAAUCGAACGAAAAAAAUACCCAAGAUGUAAGUGCAGUCUUCCUGUGCGUAUAUUGCGGUAGAGAGUUUCUUGCGGAACGGUACUUCAAACGACACCUUCAAUCGCAUACAUCGGAUAAACCACAGCAAAAGCCAGAGAUAUAUGAAUGCGAAAUUUGUGGCCAGCAAAUGAAAACUAAGUCAAACUACACUAACCAUCGAAAGUCACACAGGGAUAUAAGUGCUACGCACACCAAAAACCAACAACCGGGGGAAACCAGUUCCGAUGAUGUUGAGCAUAAGAAAAUGUUUCUCUGUAACAUCUGUGGCCAUAAUUGUGGAUCCUCGAGCAAUCUAACGGUGCACCUACGUCGACAUAAUGGGCAGACUAUUUGCGAGUGUUUGUUAUGUGGUAAGGGAUACCCACGUAGGUCCGAUCUAAUCAUGCAUAUGCGCACACACACAGGUGAAAAACCGUUCGUAUGCACAUCGUGUGGGAAAGGAUUUUCCCGUCGGGAUAAGUUACGGAUACACAUCCGUACACACACCGGAGAGAAACCGUAUGGAUGUCCUUGCGGUCGAGCCUACGCCCAGAAAAAUGACCUAAAAACACACCAGAAGCGAAAUAACUGCGGACAGAACUUUGACAUGUCGAAACUGCUAGCUCCUUAUCCGUCGUCCAUCUGCAUAAAGUCUCCUGCGCGUUCGAAAUCGGUGUCACCGUCGAACCUCUUGCCGAACGUCCAGGAUUCGCUACCAGAAAACGUAAAAGACGAAGCUGAGCUUCUUGUGAGCGGUGGUGCGGGAGUUGAUUUAAUAGAUACUCCCAACUGGGAUCAGUACAUGUCGGGGACAUUCUGCAAGCAGGAAAACGUAACCGAUAUUUCGUUUUCCUCACAACCGAAGCUGUAUUCGUGAUUUGUUCGUGUCUGUUGCAUCAAUUCAAUCAGUUAUAUAGGAUUUAUCCGAUUAUAUUAAAAGAGUAAUAACUAUUACUCUUCUAAUAUUAUCUGAAAAACCUUGCAAGUUGAAUUUUAUUUCUGUCUACCGCAUGAUUCUAUAAUUUUCCGCGUUACUUGUUUCCCACCGAUUCGUAAAAGCAUUUGAACCAGUAUCAAUAAGUCCUGCAAAUAGCGCCACCACAGCAACGGUUAAGAUAAUACUCAUCGGCAUCAUUUAAAUUGCACUUUAUUCAAAUCAAAUAUGUAGCAUUUGAUAAUAGAUGUUUGUUUUACAAAUCAAAUCUAGAAAAAUACACAGAAAAACUGGUACUCCAUCGUUUAGUACAUGCAUAUGGAUAUAGUCUUCAAUUGUACGAUCACUACCGGAUGUUUCUAAAUGUAUUUAUUUCCCCCUCGGCUCUGACAUGGAUAACUUUCUGCCUCCACUCACCCGUUACGUUUCGUUACAUUCUACUACUAUCGUUCACAGGUUAAUGAGAUUUUACGUUUAGUUAUUCUUUCCUUUCUUAAAAUGACUAUACACUAAGCGAAGGUGUAGAGUAGUAUGUAACAGCGUGUUUACAGCGGCAGGUAGCUAAAUUAUAUAUUUUACCCCAUUGAGGAUGGUUUGGUUUAACUCGACUAUUUCUUGC